AUGGUACAACAGUUAAGCCUUUAUGGAACAUUGCCAGAUGAUUCAUAUGAUUUAUUCAUUUCAACAAUGACAAUGAUGUCUGGUUCCCCUCCCGUACUUUUUGCUAAUUUAGCAAAUAUAUGGAAACCAAAUCCAGAUUAUGAAUUGGAAAAAAUGAAUUCCAAAAACCAAUUAGUAGAACCAAAUCGAAUGAAAUUAUCCAAAGAAAUUCCCUUAGAGUCAUUUAUUCACCAAAAAACGGAAAGUAAUGAUAUUAAAAACUAUAAAUUUGAUUACAAAACUUUAAGAGAUUUACAAGAGGCCGAACAGUUACAAAUUGAUUUAGCUUCCUUACAAAAUUCAAAAAGAUUUAUUGAUAAUAAAGAUACUAAACAAGUCAUCAAUAUAGAUGACAAGAAAGAUAAUGAUAAUGCAGAUAUUGUUAUGACUGAUGCAAUUGAUUCUGAAAUAAUUGAUAUUGAGAAAAAUGAUGAGGAAGAAAAUAACGAUCCAGCAGCACCAACUUUAAAUAUACAAGAUGAUAAUGCUGACGUACUAAUGACCGAUUUGAAUCCAAUAGUCAAAAUUGAAGAAACUAAUAAUACGUCAGAACUGGAUGAAAAGAAAAACACUUCGCUAUCAAUGAAAUACCCUAAAAAUAAAUCAUCUUGUUCAUGGUCUUUAAGCGUGUCUGACAUUCCUGUUGCAGGGAAUUCUCGUAAAGUGUCUAUGCAAUCAAUUGACGAGUCUGUAAUUCUAGGAACAUCAGGUAACAACAGCCAUCUUCCAAUAUUUUUAAGAGAGCUAGGCUAUGUACCAGAUUAUAGUUUUGUCACAAUCGGGGUUCAUUUUUUUAUGAAGUAUGAAUUAAUAAUAGAUGUUCAUAAAAUUUGGAAUUUAAAAGAAGAUAAUUCCACUAGUCAAACCACAAAGGGCAUGUAUCUCAUAAAAGCUUUUGUUAAUGUAACUAGAAGUACUGAUAUUGAUCGUAUUAACCAUGCUGAAAAGGCUUUACUAGCUUUACAAAGAGAGCUACAGGGGUAUGUAGAAUUAUUUGUACCAGAUAGAAAAUCAAUGGAUUCAAGAGUGCAUGAUAAUACAGACCGUACUCAAUCUGCUACCACCUAA